AUGUAUGAAGUACAUGUUUAUAAUGCAAGAUUUGGUCAUCUGAGAAACUUGAUAGAUGAACUCAUUUAGAGCAUAGUAUAGACAUAUAGAAUACAUGUGCAAUUAAAAUAUUAAAUGAUGUUAGAUUAGCUUCAAGUUAAUAAUUUAAUAUUUUAUAAUAGAGUGGAGUAACACGCUUAUAAGUUUAUGUAUCGUGUGUCAGAUUCGUGCUUAGUUAUGUAAUUGAUUUCUAAAUUUUAUUUAAACUCAAAUAUUUUUAAAAGUAAUGUUGCUUUAAAGAGACAUUCUAAUAAUUGGAUGUAUGUUGCACACAAAAUAAAUACUUAUUUCACUGGACUAUAAUCAUGUCUGUAAAUAAAGGACAAAAUGCUAGAGCUUUGGUUGAACCACUAGCUCUUGACUCACGUACCCUUGGUGAUGGAGAUUUAAGUGCAUUAAGCCUAUCACACAACAAUGAACAAUAUUCAACUAAUGACUUUGAGGCAUUUGCAAAUAUUCAAGCUGAAUUAGAAUGUAUGAAUGCUGAGGAAGUUAUGACAACGGAUGAGGAACACAUAAUAAUUGAACGCAAUAUUGAGACUGAAACAAUUGUACCUGAUGUGGAAAUGACUGAAGUUUCUGAACAAGCUCAAGAAGAACAUAUUAUUUAUACAACAGCAAAUCAGAUUAAUCAAAAUAUUGUGUUCCAAACAAAACCAACAUUACAGAGGCUUCCUGCAUCUACUGUACAGGUAAAAUCAAAUGUUGGCUCAGCAACACAAAGUCAAUCCAUUAUGAUAGUUUCUCCAGCUGGUGGUCAAGGUACUAGCCAGAUUCUGAAAAUUUCUCACCCGUCGUCAGCAUCAGCUGGUCAAUUGCAGUCAUUAGCACAGACACUUAUAGCAAAAUCUGCUGAUGGCAAUAUAGUUCAAUUACGAUCAGCACAGUCCAGUAAACCGGUAAUGGCAACUAGUCAUUCAGGAAACAUCACAUUAGGAAAUGUUCAGACAGUGCAGUCUGCUGUUAAACGAACUGCACAAAAUACCCCACAAAAUCGAAAUGUAUAUACAAAAAUGAUACUAGCUGGAAAUCAAACACAAUCAGGGCAAGUCCUUAUAACUAGUUCACAAAGUGAAAACCAACAGGCAAUAAAAUUUUUAAAUAAUAGUGUUUCCAAUCAAGAUGUCACAAGUCCAACAAAAACUAUAACAUUGGCACAAGCACAACAAAUGGGAUUACUUUCUACAAAUAAAGUUCAACACAUUUUACCCUCAUCACCACAGAAACAAGGAAUAAUUGUAAAUAAGUUAGUGCAAUCAUCGAGUGCUCAGCCCUCAAAAAUGACUAUAGUUCCAACCAGUACAAUAAAAUCUCCAACAAAAAUAUUACCUGCUCCAACUUUGAGUUCACAAGUUAAAACGUCGACUAUUUCAAGUCAGCAAUCUACAUUUUCUACUAGUAAUAAAUCGUCAGUGCAGCAAAGUCCUCAGAAAGUGAUUAUACGGCAGAGCUCUUUGAAACCUGGAACUGUGCUUGGAAGUGGACAAGUUAUUAGGAUACCAGCUAAUCAAAACAUUGUAACUGGAUCUAAUCAAGUACAUCAAAUACAAAUGCCUGGAAGACAAGUGCAAUAUGUAAGAUUAGUUAGUACUCCGUCAUCAGGGACUACGAACGUUGUUACCGUAGGUAAAGCGAAGUCGCAAACGACUUUGCAAACUGUUGGCGUUAGUCAGAAAAUUGGAGGUCAGCAACAGAUUGUUAAGGUAGUUCCAUUAAAUACUGGUAAUCAGUCAUUACGAACAGUCGCACCUAAGGCUACAUUAACAAGCAGUGGUCAAAGGUUAUUAAUUCCUGCAACUGCUACAGUAGGUAAUCAAUCAAAAAAUACGGUAGCUAUUCCAGCAUCGGCUUUAAGUCAAUUAGCAUCUGGGCAAGCUGUUCUUUCAACCAAUUCAAACGUGGGAAAUAUUGUAGUUCUACCAGCUCAAUACAUUCAGCAACAGACGUCAGAUGAAGUAAAAUUGAAGUCUCAACAAGCUACACCGAGUUUACUGGGUAAUGCACAAAGCUUACAAACUUCAACAGGAAAUUUAUCUGUAGGGUCUGUCAUAGAAAGUAAAACAUCUCAGAGAUCCUAUACAAGUGUCGAACCUAAUGGAAUUAGGCCAAGGAAACCAUGUAAUUGUACUAAAUCACAAUGUCUUAAACUAUAUUGUGAUUGCUUUGCAAAUGGAGAGUUUUGUCAUAUGUGCAACUGCAAUAAUUGUUCCAAUAAUCUUGGGAAUGAAGAGGAAAGGCAACGUGCUAUCAAGUCUUGUUUGGAGCGUAAUCCAAAUGCUUUUCGUCCAAAAAUUGGAAAAGGUCGUGAGACCGGUGAUGACAUUCGUAGACAUAAUAAGGGUUGUAACUGUAAACGUAGUGGAUGUUUAAAAAAUUAUUGUGAAUGUUACGAGGCUAAAAUUCCAUGUUCUGCUAACUGCAAAUGUAUAGGAUGCCGCAAUGUGGAGGAACCAAAUUUAGAAAAAAAAUCUUUGAAGGAUCUUGCAGAAGCAGCUGAAGUUAGAACAACACAACUAACAUUAAAUAAAGCGAAACUAUUAUCUGAAAUGGCUUUCAGACCACCAGCUAUGUCUAAUACAGGAGCAAGACAACCAUUCAAUUUCUUGACUGACAAAGUAGUUGAAAUAACGUGUCAAUGUUUAAUGGCUCAAGCCGAAGAAGCGGAACGUAACAUGUUUGAUGAUGAAACAUCUCAAAGAUUAAUAAUUGAAGAAUUUGGUCGAUGUUUAAAAGAAAUCAUUGAAUCAGCUCACAAAGCUGAAGCUACCUAGCAGGUAUAUCGUGAAAGAUUUAAGAACAAGAAUUUACAAAUGAUUGAAACAUACUCCGAAUUAAGAAAUUUAGACACAUUGGUUAUUGGUACUUCUUAAUUUAAUAAUUUGAUAUAAAACUUACAAACGUAUUGUUAAAAACACUAAAAUGUUACAUACCAAAGAUAAUGGUAAAAAUAGUAGUUCAUAAUACAUUCAACCGGUUAUUGUCUUUGCUAAAUUAAAUUUGAAGAGAACUAUUUAUAUUUACAUAUAUAUAAUGAUUACAAAUACUAUUUCUUAUAAUGUAACCUAUGAUUAAAUGCAGUUUACGGAGCUUAUUAAUUUUGUAUCAGUAAAAAUCUGACAUAGAAAUUCUAGAUGCUUACAUAUUAAUCAAUAGUUUGACUAAUAAAAAAGAAGGAAUUUGAAAUGACAUGGUUGAAUGUAAUGUGGCAGUCAACGUUGUAAUGUGUGUAUAAUGUAAAGCGAUGCAGAAAAUUUUUAUACCUUUGUCAUAUAUUUUUGAAGCAUUCAUACGUAGUAAAACAGCAUAGUUUGACACAUCUGUUAAAUCAUACGACAAAGAUAAAUUUUUAUUUUGCCAUGUAUUGCAUGUACUUGAUUUUUCAGUUACCUAUUUCUGUUAUUCUCAAAAUGUAAUAAUUUCGUUAUAAUGAAAAUUAUUAAUCUGUAAUAUUAUUAAAUAUCGUAAACGCUUAA